CCGGCCGCGCAUGGAGAACUUCAAGAAGGUGCGCACGGAGGAGGCGGACACAGAGGCUGAGAGCCCCGGGCCCUUCGCCGACCUGGCCCCCGGUGCAGUGGAGAUGAAGGUGAAGGAGGGCAGUAAGAUCCGCAACUUGCUGGGCUUCGCCGCGGCGCGCAUGGAGCAGCCGACCACCCGCACCAUAGUGUUCAGCGGCUGUGGCCGCGCCGUCACCAAGACCGUCACCUGCGUGGAGAUUCUCAAGCGGCGGCUGGCCGGCCUGCACCAGGUCACCCGCCUGCGCUACAGGAGCUUACGGGAGGUGUGGGAGAGCCGCCCGCCGCCGCCCGGCUGCCCGGGCCCCAGCCUCAGCGUGCACAAGAACGUGCCCGCCGUCUCCAUUCUGCUCUCCAAGGACGCCCUGGACCCAGGGCAGCCGGGCUACCAACCCCCGGAGCCCCGGCCCGACGCGCAGACCUGGGCGCCGGCGCCGGCGCUGGCGCCAGCGCCGCCUCCUGCCCCCGGACUAAAGAGGGGCCCCGGCUCGCCCGCGGCCGAGGAGAGGGCGAGUAAGAGGCUGCAAGGCCGCGAAAGGCCGGGCACGGAGGGGGAGGGGAGCUGGGACGGUGCCGGCUGAGAACUCUUGACUGCGGGAGUCCCCCUUCUCCUUAAGAUCAGCAGAGUGGGCAGGCUCCCCUUUCCUCACGCACAGGUUUCUGACUCAACCCUCAUCACUGUCUUUUCUUGGAUCAUGCCCCGGAAUGACCCUUUCGCUGUCAGCCGCCCCUCCCCGAAAGGAGAAAGCAACGCUCAGCGUUUGGAGUGGCCCUCUUUCCCCUUCGCAGUACUGAACGCGAGCUUCAGAGUGUUGAAAACCAAUUAGCGGAGCCUCGAAACAGCCGCUGCCAGCCCGUAAGCCUGCCUUUAGUCCCUCUGACUUCGACUUCCAAUCUAGCUGCUCCCCGCCCCCUUCUCCAAUGGACCCCCUGGCGUGUCCUGCAGGAGUGCACGGAGGAUGCCCUCUCGGGGAGAGACACUCGCUUCCUGCCAUCAGGUGUGGGUCCUGCCCCAUACCACGGCGCCAUCGCUUCUUCAGACCUGGGGGACGGAGGGGGAGGGCGUUGAUGCAGGAGGGGUUUCUGUGAAGGUAGAACACCAAUUCUUGGGAAUCCCGAGCCCAGUUGGGGAUAUUUCUUCUGCCCCAGGUUGUGUCCCCACUUGCGUCUGAUCUCAGGAAUGGACUUCGGGUCACCGAAUUGACACUCCCUACCCCAUCCAAAGCUUAAUUAAUUAAUUAAUCCAGAUACAGUCUCCCCCUUGACUCAGAAAAAUCCAUAGGUCGAUGGAGAUCUUGAAAGGUGCCAAGGGAGAUCUCUUAGUCUGGAUCCCUUAUUCAGGCCUUUGGGGGGAGUUAAAGGUAAGACAGUGAAGAGGCUGGGGGAGGGUGGACACGUGGAGAUAAGGACACAGUAAGGAUACAUGGAAGAAAUCCGAUAGGCAGUCCGACACAUUGGAGGGGAGAGAGCGACCCAUUACCGCUAUGCACUUUUCCUUCUUUUUAGUCUGUUUCCUUUAUGAAGAAAUCCUGAGACCACAUCAUGGGUUUAGGAGGAGAGGAGUGUUCCUUCUAAACCCAGAUUCAGGAUGGGGUCUGGGGAGGUGUUGGGGGAGGGGGUGUGAGUUAAGUAUUAACUCUAAUGAAGAGCCAUGGGGUGAGGGUAGAGAAGUUUAAGGUAGAAGGGAAGGGAUGUUAUGCAGACUCCCAGGAUCCCCAAGCUUUUUCCACUCUCCAAAAGGACCCCUGCCCCAUACAUGUCAUGUCAAAGGCAAAGUUUAUAGGAACAAAUCCAAAAGCUGGAGGGGGGUGGGGAGGGGAGUCUCUUUUUCUUGCCUAGCCCUGAAGGGUGGAGAGCUAGUGAAAGUCCUUGCUUCAUGCAUCAGGCCCCUUAAAAGCCUACCUGGGAGACACCAAGCAAUGGGAGGGAUGCUAAGAGGGAAGGAAGAAGAGGGGAAGGUGGGCAUGCAGUUAGAGGAGCUGGGCCUCGAGAAUAAUGCAGGGUAUGACGCUGGCUGCAGUGACACCUUCAUCCAGGAGCCCCUUCAAUCACCCCAGAGAGACACUGUCAGUGUUAUUAAUGGUAGCUCCAGUGACUUGUGGCUCCUAGCUCCUUUGGAAUAAAACACAUAAACCAGAAUUCAGGGGUGUUUGCUCUGGGAUGAUUUUCCCCUCCCCCUCCUUCCUUCCCAUCUUUCACAGGUUAAUUUACCUGUCUCCAAGCCUCAGGAAGUGGAUAGAAGGGAGGCCUCCCUCCUUAGAAUUCUCUAUGGGGGAAAAGAGUGUCGGAUUUGGAGGUUUGCUGUGUUCACUGCUGUCUUUUAAACAAGGAACUCACAGGAA